AUGUUGACAUCCCUUCCACCUAGAAAGGCUUGGUGGAAACCGAAGAAGACAGUACAAGUUAUAAGAUCGUGUCCAACCUUCCCUUCCCUGAACGCCUGGGGAAAAUUCAGGGGCCUCUUGCCUGUAGAUAGGGAGCCAAACCCUGGAGUGGGCCUGGGUGUGGAGGAAGGACUGCUCUGCCAGAUGGUUCACUCUCAGGAAUUCAACCUGUUUCCUAACUCCGCGGUGUUUGAAAGCAACUUUGUCCAGGUGAAAAAGGGUAGAAACUGGAUAGAAAUCUACAAAGCCUCCAACACCAUGGCCCUUGGGGUGACCUCCUCUGUGCCCUGCCUACCCCUUCCUAACAUCCUCCUCAUGGCUAGAGUCAAAUGGCAUCAAGGACAGAGCCAGACCUGGAACAGACCAUCCACAGCCCCACACAUCAUCCUAAAGAGGAUUCUCCCUUUGAAGUUUGUGGAGCUCCGGAUCUGUGACCGCAUUGAACGCGUCCUGCGGUUGAGGACACUCACUGAGAAGAUUUACUACCUAAAGCUCCACCCCGAUCAUCCUCAGACUGUCUUCCACUUCUGGAUGCGCCUGGUUCAGAUUCUGCAGAACGGUCUGUCCAUCACCACCAAGGACCCCAGCAUUCUUGUCACUCAUUGCCUGGUACCCACGAGCCUCUGCAGCCCGUCCGGAGAGUCUGAGUUAAUGCAGGAGAACCCUCCAGCCUCCCAACCCAGUGAGAGCCUCAUGCAGCUGAUGGCCAAGGGGGAGAGUGAAGCCCUCUCUCAGAUCUUUAGCGACCUGCAUCAGAAGAACCAAUUCAGGUAUAACAGCAAAAGGACGGAGAGCAACAAGGCCCGCUCAGAGAAAGCUACCUGCCGUGAAGAUAAUAUUCCUUGCACUAUCGAUCUCAGCUGGCGGGACUCCUUCACUUACGGAGAGUGGGAGAGAGAGAACCCCUCUGGACCCCAGCCUCUCUCACUCCUUGGGACUCUGGCUGCGUCUACCAGGCCAUGGCUGGCCCUCCCAAUAGGUAUGGUGGAAGCUCUAUUUGAUCCACCCUUUCAUGCUGAGGAGAGUCCGCGCAGCCCUCACCAACACCACACUGCAGCAUCGGGCUUCAAGGACUCCAUCUGGACUGAGGGGAGAAGGCUUCAGCGGAGGCCUGCAUCCCGGAGCGUUGCGCUUUCGAAAGACCCGAAGCCACGAGACGACGAGGAAUGCAAUGCAAGGGAUGCGGGCCCGGAGGAGAGGUGGAUGCAAAAGCAGAAAGCAGGACAUGAUGGUGUUGGGAGAGAUUCAGAAAGAGAGGUGGGCGGCGGCGCGGAAAAGCGAGAAGCUGGGAUGGUUCGUUCCCCAAAGGGCAGCGACGGGCCCCGGGGGGGACGAGAAGACAACUGCCAGGCUCACGCCGAGCCCGCGCGUGGAGGGUGCGAACGAAGACGUGGCGGCCGCGCCCACACGCCGCCGCGGGAGCUGGGGACCGCGGCCCGGCGCCUCCGCAGGACGGCUGAGCGCACUUGGGCGGGAAUCCGGUCCACGCAACUCAGCGCGCUCGCGGGGACGUGGCGCUUUCCAGCCAAUCCGGGCCACGCGAUGCUAGCACCAAUGGCAGCCUGGGGAAGCGACGCGUCGGCGACGAGGUGGUUGCUGAUUGGUCAGGAGGCCUUCGAAUCGGGCGGGGCGGGGCGGGGCGCGGAGCCGCUUCCGGCGGGGCGGUGCUUGCGCGCGUGA